AUGGAUCUUGCAAAAACCUUAGAACAGAGGGAGGGAACAGGUGAUGUACAGGUUUUAUGUGUGGAUGAAGUCAUCUACAGGGAGAUGACAUCAUGUCCUGUCCCUGCUGCUUUUGCUAAACUGAAGAGUAUGAAGAAUCAACAAAACCCCAAAGUGUUUCAGUCUCUUGUUCAUAACAACCCAGUUAAAGUAACAGUGGAGGAAGAAAACAUCACUCUGUCUUCACACAACUUGAUUCUCCAGUCCCCAUUUACUCAAACCCCUUCUGCUCAAAUUCAGUCCUCGGAAGACUCUCCAGAAAACUACAGGGGCAGAAAGCCUCUAAUCGGUCUACAGGCUGUUAUUAAGUGCCAGAGUGUGGAUGGAGAUCCUCCUCCUUGCUUUUACCUGUGUCAGCUCUGUUCAUUGAAAUUGAAGAAAAAGAAAAUGACCAGUCACCUGACUAGCUGUCUGCACCAGCGUAUCUACCUAAAAGUUCUCCAUCCACAGCUCUUGCCUAACAUAAAGCAUAAAUGGUGCAAAAUAAAUGAGAUGCUGGAGGAUAUUGCCAUACAGCUGGAGAAAGAGAAUGGGAGAGGACAAAUAAAGGUGAUGAGGUUGUCGGCAUGUCCCUUUAGUGAAGUAUUACAGCGGGAUUAUCAUUGGUGUAUGAAGAUUUUGAACUGUGGAGCCAAUGUGGGGUCUUUCACUGGAGGAACAGACAAAACCAGUGGUCCUAAUAAAGCUCUUAAACGCCCAGCAGAGUCUAUACUGUCCACCGUUCAUAUUGAUGGAACUCCACUCCUAACUCAUCAAAGGUCCAAAAAGAAGAAAGUUUGUGCGAAGAAAGUAAUUUGUGCUAACACAGUGAAGGAGUCUGUGUUUAAAGUAAGCCUGUCACUACAGGAGGGGCCCGUUGUCAUUGAGAGAAUGCCUCUAAGACACACAGCCACUGUGGCACCUGAGAUUGAGCACUAA